GCGCCAUUUGUUUGAAAACUUGAUUUUUUCACUUUUUAGAGUAGUCCGAAGUUUUUGGAUUUUUUCGAUCGAAAAAACGUUUUCAAAAAACGUAAAAGACACAUAUUCGUGAUCAACGUCAAAUUCUUUAUCGGAUAGGCUAAAAAAAACGGCAAAUUUUUUUCUUCACUACAUUUUUGCCUUAUGUGCAUCUUAUAUUCCUUUAUUUAUAUCAUGUAUAAAAAAUAUUCAAUAUAGUUUUUGUGGAGAAUCGUUUAAAACGAAGUUCGAGUCGUGGGAAUGAAAAUCGACAGAGAUAUUGCCGAAAUACUAAGUGACUUGUUUCCUCUGGUAAAUCCGUUAUAUGAAUAUAAAUGCCUGACUUCUAGAGUUUUCAUCAAGAUAACAGUCAUCGCCUCUUUUUUCUAUAACUUUGUGAAGCGCAUCAAUCAUACGAAUUGAACGAACAAGAUAGACGUAUAUAUCAUAUAUGUUUUCUUAAUUUAUAACUACUCUAACGUGUACUCUCUCAUGGCUAAUUCUACCGAUAAAAAAACUGAAUAUUUUACGUCACGUCGAACUGGUACUAUGAAACCCAAGAUUGUUCCUGAUCUAUCCGAUAUUGUCAAUAGGAUUUGAUUAAAAACGACAUCAAGGAUGUGCUCAACGACCCGGAGAUUAAAGAACAGUUAUCGUCGUUGAAAUUAUCAAGUAAUAAUUACAGUGGUAUUGUCGACAUUUUGCACGCAUCUGUCAUGAAAUCAGUGGAAAAACGUCUGACAGCAAUUGAACAACGCUUAACUGCCAUUGAACAAAAUCAAGAGAAUAUGGCUUUUGAGAUGAAUAAGCGCGAGCGACAUUCAAGACAAUUCAAUCUGCGAUUUGUUGGGAUUGACGAACAAGAACACUCGUCUCAAGCAAUUGUCGCAUUGGCUCAAAAAGUUGGUCUAACGGAAAUAACUGAAAAUGAUAUCGAGAUCUCACACAGACUGGGUCCAGGCAAACCAGGAUAUAAUCGUGUGGUAAUUGCUCGUUUCCAUUCCCGUGUUAAACGUCGCUCGCUAUUGAUCAAACGAAAAGAGGUGAAGCAGUCUAGUGCUGUUGUCAUCUAUGAAGAUCUCACAAAAGUCGACAAACAUUUACUUGAUGAGCUGAGGUAUCGAUUAGCAGAGGACGAUAGAAAGUAUGCAUUUACGAGAAAUGGGCGUGUCAUGUACAAAUAUGAAGAUAAAAAGGUUGGUUUUAUUGACUCGUAUGACAAUAUUGAUUAUUUUUUGCAGUGA